AUGACUCCUCCUGCACUGCUGCUAACAUUAGCUAGCAUGCUAUUAGCAGCUGCCAAACAUGUUUUUCUAGCUCUAAAGGGCACGCAGGGGAUCCGUGUAUGGCUCUUAUCUAAAUCGAUGCAUGUGUGUUGGUGUGUGUCAGCAGGAAAGGGUGUAGAAGUGACAGGCGCCUGCUGCUGCUGGAGACUGACGCUAGUGUUGUUGUUGUUGCGCAGACUCAGAGCGCGCUCCAUUGGACACAGACACUUCCGGUUUGUAACCGGCGUGUUUUUAAAACGAGCAGCGAGUGAACGCGCACAGAAGGCCAUACACACUGUGAUGAUGGAUUCUCCUCCUACAAGAGAGCAUAAAAGUCCAGAGCUCAGGCCGCAGCUCGAAUCUCCGCUGCCCUCCAUCUCUGAGCGUCUGGCGUACCUGCGGCCGUCCCGCGAGCUGCUGGAGUUCUACAGGCAGAAGGUGGCGCAGUUUGACGGAGAACACGAUGACCUGCUGCAGAUGCUGGAGAAGUACCGGAGCACCGCAGAGGAGCAGCAUAAGUUGCAGUGGGAGGUUCGUCAGCGUGAGGAGGAGAUCGCGGAGCUCCAGAACGCUCUCAGUGAUAUGCAGGUGUAUCUGUUCCAGGAGAGAGAGCAGGCGCUGCGACUGUACGCCGAGAACGACCGCCUCAAAAUCAGAGAGCUGGAGGACCGGAAGAAGAUCCAGCAUCUUUUAGCGCUGGUGGGGCCAGAUCCAGGCGAGAUCACGUAUUUCCAUCGCGAGCCUCCGAAUAAGGUCACAAUCCCUCAAAAGAAGAUCCAGCUGAGAUCACAUGAGGAAUCAAAGGCAGCAAAACCAAGACCUGUAUAUGCAAAAGGAAGCAAGAAAUCGUCAAAAGAAGAAGAUACCACAAGUUCAGAGCAGUACAAGAGAGACAACCAGACAUUACUGCUGCAGGUGGAGGCGCUGCAGGCUCAGAUGGAGGAGCAGACGCGGCUGGCUAAAGAGCAGGUGGAGGCGCUGCGGGAGGACAGACGCAUUCACCUGGAGGAGAGACAGGUACAGCACCAGCGGGACCAGGAGAGAAUCACAGCCCUCACCGACAAACUCCAGCGCACACAGAAUCUGCUGCACGAGAGCACGAGGGAUUUCCUGCAGCUGAAGUUCGAGAGUCGAGCUCACGAGAAGGGCUGGAUGGUGGAGAAGGACCGUCUGCUGCGAGAGCUCGACUCCUGUCAGGAGCGACUGCGUGAGGACCGCAGCUACCACGAGCAGCGUCCGUCAGCGGAGCCGCUGUUCAGCGCACAGCACAACCACGAGAGCAGCCAAACACACCGGGACGAGAUCAGGGCUUUGCAAGAGGAACUGAAACAGGCUCAUAAACUGGCUGACAUGUACCGAGAUCAGUGUGUGAAUCUGGAGACGGACCUGUCCCAGAUCAGAGAGGAGGGCGACGUGGGCCGAGAGAUCUUCAAAGAGCGCUCUGACAAGAUGGCCAAACGUCUGCAGCUGAUGACUCAACGUUAUGAAGCUCUGGAGAAGAGACGAGCCAUGGAGAUGGAGGGAUUCAAGACCGAUAUCAAACUCCUGCGGCAGAAAGUCAAAGAUGUGGAGAAACAUCUCUUUAAAUUGACGCUCAACGUGGGCCCUAAUCAAGACCUGGCGAUUCUCCACGAAGUGCGACGGACCAACAGCCGCACGGUAAAGGUCCAGGAUGAGCUGAAGAACCUGAAGGCCAAAAUCUACAAACUGGAGAACGAUCUGAGAUUCUGCUGAAGACUCGUCAUGUGGAUUAAUAUAGGCAUUGCAUAUGGAAAUAUGAACUCUAUCCGCUCAGGAUCAUAUUGUUGGUCCCACAUUAUGUUCUUCUUCACACUGUUUUACCAAAUAUCCAUCCAUUCCGUUGAGUUUUAUGAUUUGGAGUAUGAAGAACUCCUGAGACACAAGACUCGAUGAAUGAUUCAGAAGAAAGUCUUACAGCUGAGUGUUUGUUUGUGCUGUUUCAUUUUCUAUAUUAGAUAAAUAAAGGUUGAUUUUUGUAUUGA